AUGCAGUCGACUUUGCACCGCUUCACAACUGCUGGAGACUUCCUCACCAACUAUCAACCAUCCCGGCUGGAGCUGCUGCCGUGCACCUCAGCACAGAUGAUGGGCGUGAAAUGCAAGGGGCCGUCAGCUGUUGCACACUGGCACACUUUCAAUGAUGAGUGCCGGGCGCUGCUGUGCGUGCUGCCAGAUGGCGGCCCAACACCAACUUCUGCGGCUGUGGGCAACGAGGACAACCUGCAUCUUGAGCUGUUCACGCACAUCCUUCGGCCGCUGCAGCAGGCCUUGUCACGCACAGACGGUUUCUUUGGAGCCGCUCGUGCAAUGCAAGGCAUGACAAAGGGCAUCUGGACAAACAAGUCAGAUUUUAUGCUGCAGUCCUGCAUCAACUCAGAGCUGCUGGUGGCAAUCGAGGUGAAGAAGUCGGCCGUCAUCUGUGUGCCGCAAAGCAGCAGCCUGCCAGCUAUGUACACCUCAGGUUAG